GUGGUUGUGUGCGGUCUGGCUGUGGUUUGUUCCAGGUCUGGCCGCCUUGAUAACGACACACUUCGGACGCAAUUUCACCGCGCAGAGAUGGGAAUUACGCCGACAUGGCUCUGAAACAAACCGCCCUCACGCUGCUCGCCCUGCUGGGGUCGGCGGCCGUCGGCCACGCUUUACGUUGUAACUGUACAACCUGUGAGAAGGCGGGCUAUGAGUGUGAAACAGAUGGCGCCUGCAUGGCGUCGACUUACUACCACCAGGGGAAGGAGCAGCACAUGCGCAUCUGCAUCAACCAGGACAACCUCGUCCCCCCCGGACAGCCGUUCUACUGUCUAAGUGCUGAAGGCUUCUUCAACACCCACUGCUGCUACGUAGAUUACUGCAACAGUAUUGACCUGAAAGUCCCAGUUCCGACGAAGGUUGGGAACUGGUCAGGCCCGGGAAGCAACUGGGGACCAGUGGAGCUGGUGGCGGUCAUCGCAGGGCCCGUGUUCCUGCUCUUUGUGCUGCUGAUGGUCGGCGUGUUCCUGUUCCAGUAUCACCAGAGGGCCUACAGCCACAGACAGAGGCUGGAGGUGGAAGACCCCUCCUGCGACCAUCUGUAUUUGGCAAAGGACAAGACGCUGCAAGAUCUUAUUUAUGACAUGUCCACCUCAGGGUCCGGCUCAGGAUUGCCCCUGUUCGUGCAGCGGACGGUGGCCAGGACCAUUGUGCUGCAGGAGAUCAUAGGAAAGGGUCGUUUUGGUGAGGUUUGGCGAGGGAAGUGGAGGGGAGGUGAUGUGGCAGUGAAGAUCUUCUCAUCCAGAGAGGAACGCUCCUGGUUCCGAGAGGCGGAGAUCUACCAGACAAUCAUGCUUCGGCACGAGAACAUUCUGGGAUUCAUUGCAGCUGACAACAAAGACAACGGCACAUGGACGCAGCUGUGGCUGGUGUCAGACUAUCAUGAGCACGGCUCUCUCUUUGACUACCUGAACCGCUACUCCGUCACCAUCGAGGGCAUGAUCAAACUUGCACUUUCAGCUGCAAGUGGCCUGGCACAUUUACACAUGGAGAUCCUCGGCACUCAGGGUAAGCCAGGCAUUGCUCAUCGUGACCUGAAAUCUAAAAAUAUUCUCGUCAAGAAGAACGGCACAUGUGCCAUAGCUGACCUGGGACUGGCAGUCCGCCACGAGUCCAUCACAGACACGAUCGAUAUAGCACCGAACCAGCGCGUGGGCACCAAGAGGUAUAUGGCCCCAGAAGUCCUAGAUGAAACCAUCAACAUGAAACACUUUGAUUCCUUCAAGUGUGCUGACAUUUAUGCUCUGGGCCUGGUGUACUGGGAGAUUGCCCGUCGCUGCAACGCAGGAGGUAUCCACGAGGAGUACCAGCUGCCCUACUAUGACCUGGUGCCGUCCGAUCCUUCCAUAGAGGAAAUGAGGAAGGUUGUGUGUGACCAGAAACUGAGGCCUAAUGUGCCAAACUGGUGGCAGAGCUACGAGUCGCUGCGUGUGAUGGGGAAGAUCAUGCGGGAGUGCUGGUACGCCAACGGAGCGGCCAGACUGACAGCUCUGCGCAUCAAGAAGACUCUGUCUCAGCUCAGCGUGGAGGAGGACAUCAAGAUGUGAGCGGCCAGGCGACGCUGGAGACGCACAACCUGACCACACUCCCAUAGGAAAGAAAUACUAAAGACAGACUGCAAAUGAAAACCCUGCCAGUUUUAAAGCCACACUCCAAGUUGUGACAAGGCCUACCUCACCUUUUUAGCCAAAACUACUGAAAAUCACCCCUCCCCGUCCUGACAUCGCCCCCCCCCCCCCGACUCCCUUUGCUCCUUGUCUCUCCUCUCUGUUGUUCUGACCCCCCUCCUUCUCCACGGGCCACAACACACUUCAGCACUACCACUGUUAAUAUCAUGACACCCUCUUAUUUCCCAGGGCAGGAAUCACCACUAUUGUACAGUGACAGAAUUAUUAUUGGUGUUAUUUUUUACUUUGUUCCAUGCCAGUCUAAACUUCCCUAAAAGUCCGGCGUGGUGUGGUUUUGAAGCAUAUGAAUAAUGCUUCACCUUCUGUUGGCCAUGCAACAUCUCGCCAUCGCUGCAAGUGUGUGUGGGAGGGGAGGGGAAGGGAGGGCGGGGGAAACGAGGCUGAAGCACUGUUUCUAUACAUGUCCGUGUGUGUAAAGGUGUCUGAACUACUAGCAUGUUUCUAAGACGCCAACAUGUGAUCUGGUAUGGGCUAGUUCAUUAGACAAAAAAAAAUACAAAAUACAAAAAAAACAGGGGGGAGGGUCUCAUUUGAAGCAUGAACAGCCAUUGUGCUUUUUUCUUUUCUUUUCUUUUUUUUUUUUUGUUGAAACACUCCCCCCUCCUGAAUAUCCUACAUACAGAAAUGAGUUGCACUCAACUGUAACUUCCGCAUGUGUGAGAUCUGCAGGUAUCACAUGAUGGAUGUGGUGAAGUCUUGGCGUUACGUUUGAAAUGUGGCAGGGAUAAUGUUUGGGAUGGUUUUAUUUUAAUUUAUUUGUUCAUAGUUUAUAUUUCGUAUUGAUGAACACUGUGAGACGAGAUGCGACAAACCAGAAUCCUGAUAUAUUUAAAAAAGAAAAAAAAAAAAUUUUGGUGUUGUAGUUCAGUCCGAGUCCUGACCCUCUUUCAGACGUUAGAUUAAAGGGUUGUUGCAUUCAUGUAGUGAAAUACUCAGUUUAAAUAUGAAUGUAGCCGUGACCCCGUCGGUGACAGGCAACAACAUUGUGAACACUAAGCAAAUACGAGGCAAAUGAAAUCGCAAUGAAAAAUAGUUUUGGGUUUUUUUUUACGUUUAUGUAAAGACAUGAUGGGUUUUCUUCUGACUUCAACAUUAAGACACUACUGAUGAUGGGUACAUAUGAUUUGUAUAUAAAACAUGCAAUUAUUUUUAUUUUUUUUUGUCCCUUGUAUGCCACAAGCACGCGUGUGACAUUUGAAUGGAAAGUUUGAUUGGAUGGUACUUUUUCAGAGGUCUGUUUUUAAUCCGUCUGCAUGGUUUCCAACUGUGCCAGAAAAUCUGCUGGAAUGUGUUUUUCACUUGCUCCUCUCAUGGCAAUUUGGUGGUACUACUGAUCCCAGAACCUUUUUGCUACAACCUCUGUUUAUUUUAUUGUGUUUUUUCUUUCUUUCCUUUUUAUAAAUAUUAUGUAUAGAUUGUUGGAAUUGCUUAGCGAGCUCUUUUUAGAGCUCACCAAUGCAGGUAUGUUUCUACAUUUGUCCUCUGGGUGUGAACUCCUCAUCGACACUGGAAUACACAAGAGCAUCAUGUAAACCUUGAAUCUUAAUACUGCCACUGGCUAUUUAUCCAGGAAUCCAAACAACCGUUGACAACUCGCAGAGAGAACAGUUCGCUGUGAAUCAUAGCCAAGACGUUCUUGCAAAAAUGACGCUGCAUGUUUCCAUUUUUUUUUUUUUUUUAUAUCGUCUGCAGCUUCGAGUCUUUGUGCAGACUGGACUAUGAAGGUAUUACACUGAUAUUUGUCAGCUUUUGAGCUCCACACUGUUGCGUCCACAUGCCUGUUAGUUCAUGUUAGGUAAGCCAUCACUUGAUCCACAAUCCAUGUGUCAUAUUUAGUAUCCAUUUUGCAUGCUGUCUCAAACACUGGGUCCUCUGCACUGAGGUCGAUUAACUUAAAGAGAAGUGUUAAUUUUUCUUUUCUUUUGUUUUCCUUUGGCUGUGUACCCCAGAAAUGUUGAUCCUACUGUUGACUUGGUUAUUGGUUCAGCAGGCAGAGUGUAGCUUGGAACAGGGAAGGUCGGGGAUGUAGGAGGCUACACUCAGUUACACCAAAAUUGUCACAACACUCCUGUCCAUGCUUGGUUUGUUACCAUGGAUAUGUGACCAUCACGUUCAUAUAUGAUACUUCAAAGAUAAUGUAAUUUUUAUUUCUUUUUCUUUCUCCCUGGAUAAGUUCAAAGGUGUAUAUAGAUAUACAAUAAAUUCCUCUUUUUCUUA